CCCUCCUUCCUCUCCCACACUCUUUCCCCCUCUCCCUCCUUCCUCUCCCACACUCUUUCCCCCUCUCCCUCCUUCCUCUCCCACACUCUUUCCCCCUCUCCCUCCUUCCUCUCCCACACUCGGUUCUUUUCCACAGCAGACACAGUAGAAUGAAGGACCCAGAGCUGAGUGACAAACAUGGACAGUACCUCCUGGGCCAAGGAGUCAAGGUCUAUAUUGACCCCUUUACCUACGAGGACCCUAACGAAGCCGUACGGGAGUUUGCCAAGGAGAUUGAUGUUUCCUUUGUCAAGAUUGAGGAGGUCAUUGGUGCCGGGGAGUUUGGGGAGGUGUGUCGGGGGAGGCUGAAGGUCCCAGGGAAGAAGGAGAACUACGUGGCCAUCAAGACCCUGAAGAGUGGCUACACAGACAAACAGAGGCGGGACUUCCUGUCGGAGGCUAGCAUCAUGGGCCAGUUCCAGCACCCCAACAUCAUCCACCUGGAGGGCAUCAUCACUGCUUCCUGUCCCGUCAUGAUCCUCACUGAGUUCAUGGAGAACGGAGCGCUUGACUCCUUCCUUAGGUUGAACGAUGGUCAGUUCACUCCCAUCCAACUGGUGGGCAUGCUGCGUGGCAUCGCGUCGGGCAUGAAGUACCUGUCUGAGAUGAGCUACGUCCACAGAGACCUGGCCGCCCGCAACAUCCUGGUCAACAGCAACCUGGUGUGUAAGGUGUCUGAUUUCGGCCUGUCCCGUUUCCUCCAGGAGAACUCCUCAGACCCCACCUACACCAGCUCUCUGGGUGGUAAGAUCCUA